AUGCAUGAGCCAGAAUACAACGACUUGAUGGCUUUGAACAACAUUGUGAUCCUUGCCACAGUUGCCGAAAAGCCCAAGCCGUGCUCCCGAUCUAGAGUGGUCUGUCAGAGAGUGCUGGAAUACGCCGUCGUGGCCGCAGUAGUCGCAGCAAUCGAAUACGGUUUUACCGCACACAACAGCCGGGACGGCGUAAAAAGCUAUUUGGCCGUCAACGGCUCCGCCCCUAGCAACGGCACUGUCCCCGUGCCCCAGGGCCUACACCAAGUGUUGACGACCGAGGCUCCGAAUCUCGUGAACCGUCUACCUAUGGGUCAGUGGGUGAAGCAGGAGUCGUAUCGCGCGCCGAACGCCGUGUGCGUGGAUAUGUUUUAUAACCGGGCGAAGACAGACGUAAAAGUUCGAGAACUUAUGUUGACGGACCACGAGCUUUGCGGCAGGGAGAAUAAUGGUACUCUGAUGUGUCAAAACUUGAUGGUACGCAACCCCCAGUGA